CUCCUCCUUCCCUCCCUCUUCUUCCCCCUGGCAGCCUGAGGAGGGCAGGAGGAUGCUGGAGGUCCAACCCCAGGAGAGGAGGGCGCCUCCAGAGCCCAGCGAGCAGACGCCUCCCCCUGUAGGCGGAGGAGCAGGAACUGUGACCUUCCCGAUAGCGCCGACCCCCAGCCAGCCCGCAGAGCAGACGGUGGGCCUGGUGUACAACCAGGACACGGCACAGUGGGAGAGGGUGUACCGGCAGGCCGCUGCUGGUAGAACGGCAGAGCCACCGGAGGCCUUAAGCCAAGAAAUGCCUGUUGACCCCCCAGACGAGGACUCCCUGAGGAGGCGACUGUUGGAAUCAUCUCUGUUAUCGUUGUCUCGCUACGACAUGUCCGGAUCAAGAGACCAUCCCAUUUACCCCGAUCCGGCCAGGCUUUCUCCAGCCGCGUACUACGCCCAGAGGAUGAUCCAGUAUCUGUCGAGGCGGGACAGCAUCCGCCAGCGCUCGCUCCGCUACCAGCAGAACCGAAUGCGGGCCAUGUCGUCUUCGUCCGACAGCCCCGCCAGCAACCCGACCAGCUCCAUGGACAACAGCGACGUGGACUUUGAGGAGCUGGAUGAUAAUGGAGACAGAGCGAGACACAGGACGCCACGUAACGCCAGGAUGUCUGCACCCUCACUGGGCCGCUUCGUCCCACGGCGGUUCCUCCUCCCUGAGUACCUGCCUUAUGCUGGGAUCUUCCAUGAACGAGGGCAGCCCGGCCUGGCCACACACUCCUCUGUCAACAGAGUGCUCGCUGGUGCAUCCAUCGGGGACGGUCAGUCUGCAGUCGCCAGUAACAUCGCUAACACCACCUAUCGUCUGCAGUGGUGGGACUUCACCAAAUUUGACCUGCCUGAGAUCAGCAACGCAUCGGUUAACGUUCUGGUGCCAAACUGUAAGAUCUACAACGAUGCCAGUUGUGACAUCUCUGCAGACGGUCAGCUGCUGGCAGUCUUCAUUCCCAGCAGUCAGCGGGGUUUCCCAGAUGAGGGCAUCCUGGCCAUCUACUCCCUGGCUCCCCACAACCUGGGAGAGAUGCUCUACACCAAGAGAUUCGUGGAUCAGGACUCGGUCUCAUUACGUCCCACGUGGACCAGGUUCUGGUCUGAGGAGGAUCAGCAGCUGACGUCUGUGAGGAGACUCUCAGGCGGAGCGUCGUCCUCUAAUGAGGACGGAUGA